UCGUUGGACUUGAUUCCUAUUCCCUUUGUAUCUGUUUUCAGUCUUGUUUUUCAGCUGGUUAUGAUUGAAUGGAUUAUGAUCACUUUUUUAUAUAUGAUCAUGAUCAAAAAUCAAAAUAAAGGCGAAAAAACUUGGCGAAAAAAGAAUGAACAAAAAAUUAAUAACCUAAAAUCAAAAACAAAGCAAUAUCAGGCAAUAUUUUUUCCUAUGAUUUUUUCAAAUAAUAUGUUUAAAAAUGGGCUCAAAGUACUUUAUGGUGAAUCUGAUCAUCUACUAUAUUAUAAUCAAACAGUCCCAGAAUUUCCUGCAACAGAUAUAGACUCCAAAUUUCCUUUCCAGUUUUUCAGAAAAUAUGUCUCCAGAAAUUAUCCAUUAUUAAUCAAAGGUGGUGCCAAAGAUUUUCCUGCUGUAAAAAAAUGGAAUUCCCAAUAUUUUAGAAAACAUUACAGCGAAAAACGUGUUACAGUCACUGUUACACCUAAUGGUUACGCUGAUGGUGUAGCAAGUUAUGAAGGAAAGGAAUAUUUCUUUUUACCAGAAGAGACUGAAAUGGAAUUUAAGGACUUUUUAAACGUUUUACAUGAGCAACCAUUAAAUUAUGUAGCUUACAUUCAACAACAAAAUUCAAACUUAACAACUCACUUUUCAGAACUCUUAGUGGAUAUAGAAAAAGAAAUUGACUGGGCCUCAGAAGCAUUUGACAAAGAACCUGACGCUGUUAAUUUUUGGAUGGGAGAUGGCAGAGCAAUUACUAGUAUGCACAAGGACCCCUACGAGAAUAUUUAUUGUGUCAUUGAUGGCUACAAAGAUUUUAUUCUCAUCCCCCCUCUUGAUUUGCCUUAUGUGCCAUAUAAAGAUUAUUCAGUAAGGCAGUAUCAAAAUGUAACAACAGAUUCUUUUGAUAUAGCGCCUGUAAAUAAUCAAGAGGAUAUAUCUUGGAUUGCUGUCGAUCCUUUACAAUAUAAUUUGAUAAGAGAAUAUCCGGACUUUUUUAAGAAAACUAGAAAAUUUCAGGUCCGAGUCGAAAAAGGAGAUAUUUUAUAUUUGCCUAGUCUAUGGUUUCAUCAUGUUAGACAAAGUCAUGAAUGUAUAGCAGUAAAUUAUUGGUAUGAUAUUGAAUAUUCUGAUCCUAAAUACUGUUAUUAUCAGAUGUUGAACGAAUUAUGUCGAAAGUCAGAUAGAGUUUAAAUGUUUUACUAUAUUUUAUAAUAUAUUGUAAUGUAAGAAUGAAAUAAAGUAUACAUUUGAUUUAA